GGGUUCGUAAUCGUCAUACAAGCAUCCGGUCUACAAUUAGUACCGUUUUCUUAUCAACGCCCACCCCGCAUCGAAAUCGGUCCUUGGACGAAGGAAAAUGGAUCCCUUCGGAAGAUGUGCUCCAUGCCACGACACCGAGUCUUUCCGACCCGCAUCUUGGCUACUAGACGAACCAGCCGAAACCGGCAAAAUCCCAACAUGCCACGAUGA